AUGGCAUCUCCAGUAUCGUUACAACCGAGCGCUUUCUACUUGGCUUGUUGCAAUAAUGAUUUAAAAACAGUUCAAGAGAAUGCUAAUUGUUCCGAAAUCGAUGCUCUGGGACCCGAUGGAAACACCGCUCUUCAUGCUGCUUCAAUGUAUGGUCAUGCUAAACUUGUCCGACUCUUAUUACGCUAUCAUGCUUCACGCGAGAUUUGCAAUGAUAAAGGACUUACUCCUGAAGAAUUAGCAGCAAAUGACGAAACUCGAAUAGCAUUCAAAGAACCUGUACGAACGAUAUUCGAUUCCAACCAUUUUGUUGCUUCAUCACGUGAAGUCGAAUGGCUUGAUUCAUAUAAAAAUGCCUAUAGAAUAGCAUACGAGAAUCAUGAACAUAUGAAACGAUGGCUGACAAAAGUUGCAUUGCAUAAACUGCUCAAGGCAAUCGUUAAUGACUAUAUCGAAAAAAUUAAGUUUAAAGACGAAAAUGAUCGAAAAAUCAUCAAAGAAGAACUCUCGUAUGUGAUAGAAGAAGAUGAUCCUCUUGGUUUAUUAAUGACAUACACCAAUCCGAGAGUUCAAUUUCAUUAUUUAUUAAAUCAUGAUUUGGCUGAAUUAGGUUCCGAUUUUCGUUUUGUUAGUACUCAAGCUUUGAUAAAUUCAGGUUACGUCGAUAAUGAACCACCACAAGGUCUUGGUCAGUAUAUAUUUACUUCGAUUGUUAUUAAUCAUCCUCGAUUUCAUCCAUAUCACUAUUCUGGUACUACCUUUCGUGGAAUGAAGAUUACAAAGAAAGAUCUUGAAGAAUACAAUAAAGGAAAUAUUGUUUUAACUCGUUCAUUUCUUUCUACAUCGACAGAUCGAUCUAUCGCUGAACUAUUUAUUGAUUGUACUAAUAAUGAAAUUCAUCCACCAGUUAUGUGUAUCUAUAAAGUGAUUAAUCCACGAUCAAGUCUCUUCAUUGAAAAAAUUAGUCAUAUUGGAGAUGAAAAAGAAGUGCUUAUUGUACCGUUCACUGUUUUUCAAGUAAAAGAACAACGUUAUGCAGAGCUGAUGAAGGGAGGUCAAAUUUAUCAGAUCAAAGAAAUUGAAUUAGAAGAAUGUCGUCCAUUAUGA